AUGUACUAUUUGUUUACAUUUCUUAGUUUUGUACCAUUUAUUUGGUGCCAAACGGAAGAGAAUGUUACAUUUUCACUAGAUGAUUUUAAAUGCUCACUGCCAGAUGUGAAGAGUCUUGAUGAUAAUUUGGAUGUUACAAGGUUCAGGUCUGAUUUCUCUAAAAUAUCUGAGGUAAAAUUCCCCGGUCUUAUAGGGCCUCUCAAUGAGCGCCUUAUCUGCAAAAUUAAAUGUAUUGAUGGAAACUGGGUUGGACCUCUUUGCUCAUCAACACCUGAUGGCAGGUUCCAGCCCAUCUUAAGGGAGUGCUUAUAUAAAAAUGAUCAUCCCCUGUUGGCCAUCUCUUUUAAAAAUUCAUCAAUUGAAGGCGAGGCUCACUUCCCCCACGGUUCUGUGAUCACGGCGCGCUGCAUCCACUUCGGGUUGUACAAACUGAAGGGCGACGGCACGCUGCACUGCGAGAACGGAGAAUGGACCCCGAAACUGCCCGAGUGCGUUCCCACCACUGUAGUCACUAACUUUACAGGUGAUGCGCCUCCCACCAUCCAGUACACCAUAGUGAGCGGGUCCGCCGUAGUGCAACCGUCUGGGGAGCUGUUCGUGUAUCCAGACAGCUCUAUACGACUGUCUUGUAUCACGCCACGGGCCCUGGGAGACCCUGACUGGUCGUGGACUUCGGCCUUAGGACACCACGUCGCUGCGUGGUCUACAGAAGACGGUGAGCAGGAGACUCACUAUCGGCUAACUCUGAGCAAGAUGUCCGCGCGGCACAGCGACCAGUACACAUGCGCCGCGCCCGGCGGACACACCAACACUGUGCUCGUUAAAGUUGUUAACGUAUCAUGUCCGCCGCUGAUGGUGUCUCCGAAAGUGCGUCAGUUCGCUCAGGGGUUGAAGCUGGGCCACGCGGCGCACUUCAGCUGCCAGCCCGGGUACCAUCUGGAAGGACCGGCCAUACUCACCUGUAUGGGCGAUGGUCGUUGGUCGUCGUCGCACCCGCGAUGCGUGGAGACGUCGUGCCCGCCGCUGCGCGCGCUGAGCCCCCAACUGAGCGUGGUGGAGUACAACGCGUCAUGGGGCGGGCGCGCCGUGUUCCAGUGCGCAUGGGGCUACCGGCUUGUGGGCGCGCCCGGCCUCGAGUGCCUGCUGGACGGGCGCUGGUCCGGCGCGCCGCCGCACUGCGCGCCUAUCUACUGUCCGGAUCCUUUAAUCCCCGAGCACGGGCGGUUGCUCACCGCACCAAAGCACGGGUCGUACACAGUUGGCGACUUGGUGAGUUUCUCUUGCGAUAACACCUUCCACCUGGCAGGGGAGGCGUCCAUAGUGUGCACCGAGACUGGAUAUUGGUCCCAUCCGCCACCAUUCUGCGGCCCUGUCGAACAACGCACCAUCGACACUAUAUUCGUGGAGAAUUCCACGCUAGUACACCUUGACGAUUAG